GAAGCAAUAAGCAGGAAACACAACGCCGAACCUCCAAUCUCCCAUCUAUUCAUCUAGCACUUGCAUUUUCUCUUUCCUCUUCUCUGUUUGGUUUCCGAGAAAAUCACCAUGCCUCCUAAGCCCAAAGACAAAGGGAAACCCUCUACGUCGCCGUGGCAGCCUCCGCCCGCCAUCGAAGAUCUCUUCAGUACUCUCAACAAGCACAUCCAGCGAUCCGAUUACGAGCAAGCCGUCAAAGUCGCAGAUCAAGUUCUCGGAGUUGCUCCCGCCGAUGAGGAUGCGCUUCGAUGCAAGGUCGUGGCUUUGAUUAAGGCCGACCGCAUUGAGGAUGCUCUUUCAACUAUUCAGUCAGCUCAGACAGUUGCUGUUGACUUCAGUUUCUUCAAGGCAUACUGUUUAUACAGACAGAAUAAGUUGGAUGAAGCUUUGGAGUCUUUGAAAGGCCAAGAGAGAAAUUCUGAAAUCAUGCUGUUAGAAUCACAGAUUCUCUUUCGUCUGGGGAAAAUGGGUGCGUGUGUUGAUGUCUAUCAGAAGCUUCAAAAGUCCAAGAUUGAUUCCUUGGAAAUAAACCUUGUUGCGGCUUUGGUUUUGGGUGGGAGAGCUUCUGAAGUGCAAGGAAUAAUGGACGCUAAUCGGAUUAAAGCAUCUAGCAGCUUUGAGUUGGCAUACAACACUGCUUGUUCUUUGAUUGAAAGGAAUAAGUGCACGGAAGCAGAACAACUUUUGUUGACAGCCCGAAGAAUUGGUCAGGAAACAUUGAUGGAUGAAAACUUGGCUGAGGAUGAUAUAGAAAUUGAAUUGGCUCCUAUAGCUGUCCAAUUGGCAUAUGUUCAGCAGCUCUUAGGACGAGCUCAAGAGGCAAUGGAAGCUUACACAGAUAUUAUUAACCGAAAUCCGGCAGACGAAUCAUCUUUUGCUGUGGCCAUUAACAACUUUGUUGCUCUGAAAGGAACAAGAGAUGUUUCUGAUAACCUGAGGAAACUUGAUCGGCUCAAAGAAAAAGAUGCACAGGGUUUCCAGCUUGCUCGUGGACUUGAAAAGCUUUCUACAAAACAAAGGGAGACAAUAUAUGCAAACCGGGUGCUUUUACUUCUCCAUGCAAAUAAGAUGGAUCAGGCACGAGAAAUUGUUGCUGCUCUGACAGACAUGUUUGCUGACAGUGUAGUGCCUGUACUUCUUCAAUCUGCAGUCUUAGUUAGAGAGAAUAAGGCUAGUAGAGCUGAAGAAAUACUGGGGCAGUUUGCUGAAAAGUUCCCUGAUAAAUCCAAGGUUGUUCUUCUUGCAAGGGCACAAAUUGCUGCUGCUGCGGGCCAUCCUCAAAUUGCAGCCGACUCCCUGGCUAAGAUACCUGAUAUUCAGCACAUGCCUGCCACUGUUGCCACCAUCAUGGCUCUUAAAGAGCGGGCUGGAGAUAUUGAUGGUGCAUCUGCCAUCCUUGACUCUGCAAUCAAAUGGUGGUCAAAUGCUAUGACUGAGGACAACAAGCUCAAUGUUAUAAUGCAAGAAGCUGCUUCCUUCAAGAUCAGGCAUGGGCGGGAGGAAGAUGCUGCCCACCUAUAUGAGCAGCUUGUUAAAAGCCAUGGGAGCAUAGAAGCAUUAGCUGGGUUGGUAAGUACAGUUGCUCGUGUGAAUGUUGACAAGGCCGAAGCUUAUGAGAAGCAGCUGAAACCUUUACCAGGUCUGAAAGGGAUCGAUAUAGAUAGUUUGGAGAAGACUUCUGGGGCAAAGCAUGUUGAAGGUUCUCAUGUGUCAGUUGCUGAAGCACAAGAGGAGGGCAAGAAAGAGAAACCGAAGAAAAAGAGAAAGAGAAAGCCAAGGUAUCCUAAAGGGUUUGACCCUGCAAAUCCAGGUCCUCCUCCAGAUCCAGAAAGGUGGCUCCCCAAGAGAGAGAGAUCAAGCUACAGGCCCAAGAGAAAAGAUAAGAGAGCAGCUCAGGUGAGAGGAUCUCAGGGUGCUGUAGUUAAAGAAAAGCAUGAAGCUGGUGCUAGUGCUGCCAAUUCCAGCUCCUCAAAUUCAAAAUCAAGCCAAGCUACUACUUCGAAGGCAGCUGCAGAACAAUCAAAGCCUUCAUCCAAAUCAUCUAGAAAGAAGUCAAGGAAUUGACCGGGAGACCAUCGCCUUAGCACAAACCCCUACUCUAACACAAACACCCUCCCCCUUCCCCCUUCCCCCUUCCGAUAUGAGAAGAGGAAAACAUGUAGGUUCUGGUUAAAAAUUUUCCAAUUGUUUGUCAUCAUUUAUUUAGCUUCUUUAUUAAAGCUGAGAUUUUGGUGGUUUACCAUUGCUGUGUGAGGUUUAAUUUGAAAUGACGAAGGAUUAGGAAUUUUGAUA